AUGACGACAACUACAAGUAUAACUCCAAAUACGACGACAACUACAAGUAUAACCCCAAAUACGACGACAACUACAACUACGAUCACAACCCCAGAUACGACUACUGAAACCAAAAUUACAAUCAUAGCCAUAUCUGUGGCUACUACAGCCAUAAACACAACACCGAUUACUACCACAACUAAAACUGCGGCAUCUAUUUCAGAAUCUUCAAAGAAAACUGGGGGGACUACUACUACUGUUCAACCGACUACUGUGGUAAAAUCAGAAGAAAGUACUCUAUGGAGCAGUGAAAUUUCGAAAAUUGAAUUCACGCAAACAGAAAAGUCAUCUGAAAGUCUGAGUAUGAAUAUUUUCAUGGAAAAACUUUUAUGCAACUUUUGCAAUAAAAUUAUACUUUAA